GCCGACGCUUUUACGUCACCGUACCAGAGACGGACCAACGGUAGAAACAAAUCCGACUGUCAUGGAUUCUCAACGAUAACGGAUUAAAAAACGAAAUCAGCGCCGAAAUACGCAACAAAUAUAUUUAAGGCAGCUACCCUCCGUUCGUCUUUAACGAUUUUCACACGGAUCUACGGCGCACGUCGUCUCUGACGGUACGCUAACGUUAUAAACAAUAAUAACAAUGGCUUCUGGGUCGCCGUCGUCCUCUCCGGACACUGCGACGGGCUCAGGUACAGACCCAGCCCGGCCCGACACAGGGGAGCCUCUCGGUGGAGCAGGCUCAGACUCGGACUCGGACCUGGGUUUGGGUAAAUUUGACUGCAGCGCCAUGGAAAUGGGGGACCGGCUGGAGGGAGAUGAGCUGGUGCGGGAGUUUGAGUCAGCAGCCGACCGCGUACGGGAUCUGGUUCAGACGGCCAGCAGGGACCAGCUGCUGUACCUGUAUGCACGCUACAAACAGGCCAAAGUGGGGAAGUGCAAUACACAAAAGCCUGGCUUCUUUGACUUUGAAGGACAGAGAAAAUGGCAAGCUUGGAAGCAGCUGGGAGACAUGGACGCGGAUCAGGCAAUGCAGGAGUACAUUUCCUGUGUCAAUGUGUUAGACCCUGAAGGCUGUACAAAGGAAAGACGAGGAGCAGAAAGACGAACGGGCUUUGGAGGAGCAGCAGUCAGCUCUCUAUACCAGGAAGAGAUGAUCAGGGAAGAGGAUAAAAACAUCUUUGACUACUGCAGAGAAAAUAACAUCGACCACAUCAGCAAGGCCAUCAUCUCCCAGAAAGUGGACGUCAAUAUUAAAGAUGAAGAGGGUCGGGCUCUCCUGCACUGGGCCUGUGACAGAGGACACAAGGAGCUAGUUUCUGUACUACUGCAGCACAAAGCCGACAUCAACUGUCAGGAUAAUGAAGGACAGACAGCGCUACAUUAUGCAUCGGCGUGCGAGUUUGCCGACAUCGUGGAGCUCCUGCUGAACGCCGGAGCCGACCCGUCCAUCAAAGACAUGGAGGGCUCUCUCCCUGAGGAGGUCACUGAAUCCAGUGCCAUCUCCUCUCUCCUGCGUCAGUACACGGCUCCGAAAGGCUAGAUUGUCCACCUGACACCACCCGGUCCCCGCCCCCCUUCCUUGUCUCAGCCCUGCUCCACUUAUUCGCCCAUCCUCCUCAUCAUCCCUCCUUUAUCCCUGAAGAGACUGUGUUCAUCCCCUGCAGUUAGUAGACCAGGAUUGCAACAGUUUUAUUUGAUAUUGUUUCCAAAUACAUGAGGUGAGUUUAAUUUCAUUGGCUUAGCUCUUUGGAACAACAGGGUGUAAAUGUUAGCCCUUCCAUUUGGUGAGACACAUGAAAUGAAGCACACUGCAUGUAUUUUAAAUCAUUAAAUACCGUAUAUUGACUUUAUAAGCCCAGUAGGGUUGGGUGAUAUGACAGUUACUGUGAGUGCUGUACUGAGGUAGUUCUACCUUUAAAUAUCUCUCGUUGUAUUCCAACACUGUAGGCAAUGAUGCAAAUCAAUGAGCAGAUCAGCUUAUUGGUGAUACUGGAAUAACAGGAUUUGUGCAUCACUGUGAUGAAGUAUCUGGAUCUGUCAGGUAUUAACGUCACUGGAGGAACCAAACACAGACAUUCCCAUUCACUUAUUUUAUCUGCUAAUGGUAUAAAAUUUGCGAAAUUCAUGUCACAGCGAUAUGAAACUACAUACUGUGAUAGAACAUUUUAUACAUAUCACCCACUCCUACUGCCCAGGUCUGACAAUCAGCCAGGCCUUUUAGUCUGGGUCAGCUCUCUCUGACCAUCUGUUCAUGAUUCAGUUGCUACAUUCAAGGAAUGCUUUAAACAUUUGUCAUUUAUCUCAUUAAAGUCUUCAACAAA